AUGCUGCAAAUAGCCCAGGGAGCCGAGGGCAACAAGUUCGAGUGCAAAACAUGCCCGUAUCAGUUCCCCAUUGUGGGCGACAUGAAGGUGUACGAUCGCAAGUAUAUGGAGCGAAAGCAGGUUGAUGAUAUGCUUGGCGGAGAAGGAGCGUGGGAUAAUGUAGAUCAAACGGCCAUUUUGUGUCCCACGACCAACUGCGGUGGUGAAAAGGCGUAUUUCUACCAGUUACAGAUCCGCAGUGCCGACGAGCCUAUGACGACGUUCUAUAAAUGCACAGCGUGCGGGCAUCAAUGGAGGGAAAAUUAA